AUGGCGGCCAARUCAGAAUGUAGUGAUAAGAGUCUAAACGACUUUAUGAAGUGGAAAGUAGAUGAUUUAAAAGCGUUUUUGAAAGAGCGAGGAGUAGUUAUAAAUGGAAGAAAAGCUGAACUUGCUGAAAAAGUAUAUUUUGCGUCGAAAUUAAAGUUAGAAGCUCUAAAGAAAAAGGAAGAAGUGGAAAUCGAUAACAAAGUUCGACKGUGUGAAAAACUGACUAUCGACUGUGGUAUAAAACUCCCAUUUCCUGCUAAUUUGACUAUUGGAUGGGAAAGAGGAAGUCAAAACUUCCCAGAUGUACUAGAGAAAGACGUCSAGAACUACAUGCAGAAGUCUUUUAAAGCAAUGAAACAGGGACAGAGUUUGCUAACUUCCAACCACAUUCAYGAUGUGAUGUUUCACCAUAUAAGUACGAAUGUAAAAUAUUGUUUUGUACGUGGAUGUUGUGUUCCAGAGGAAAAAACCAGUAACGAGUCUUACUCCCUUUGGGUUUGUGUACACAAGGAAAGUGGAGAGGUGCUUACUGCUGAAUGUACCUGUUUUGCAGGUCUGAGUGAGAAAUGCAAACAUGUUGCUGCUUUGUUAUUGUAUAUUGAGAAAGAAGUGCAACUUGGAAASAACAAAACCUGUACAUSUAAGCCUCAGGGAUGGCAUAAGCCCUCUACUUCUAGAAAAAGAUACAGUGCAACAAGAAUGGCAAACAUUGGUAUAAAGAAAGCAAAGACAGGGGAUAAAUUAUUCCYUGCUGAAGAGAAACAAAGAGUCAGUAGAAGUACSUUUGAUCCUAGAGCUUUACAUCAACGAACACCUAUGACCUGGACUCAACAGGACUGGACAAGGUUGGAGGAUGCUACUAAUGRUAACUGUGGUAUUCUUUUGUAUAAGAGCAUUAAAAAUGCAAAGGAAUACAGUUCACCCGAUAUGAGGUGCUGUACUGACUAA